AUUUUAUUGACUGUCCACAUCAAUACUAUAUGCAAUAACUAUUCUCGUGUUAUGGGCAUGGAGCCAGGUUCUCGACUAUGCCGUAUCAAAUUCCUACAAUGUAUCUUCCCGCUCAACUCGUUUUAACCGUCUGUCCUCUGAAAUGACAUUGAUGUUGGAUCAAUAGAAAACAAACUACUGCAGACAGUGAUAGCGAGAUGGACGUUCAUCCUACAGACUGCAUGUAAGCUUCCAGGAGAUUUUCUUAUGGACUCUUUAUUUUCCUUUCCACCAGCUAUAGAUUUUUCUGACUGUGCAACUGAAGAAUAUAACAGCCUGACGUCUCGAGAUUUCAUCUUCCCGAGAUCACAUUCGUUUUAAUUACCACUAGCUGCAACAUGAAACCCCGUGUCUGCUCGUUUCACAGUGACCUUCCUUUGAAUUUGGAAAUAAAUCUUUGAAGUAAAGAAACCGAAACUAAAGUACGAGGGAGGACUGAACACAUUAUUUUCAAGAAUGCAACUUUUGAAACCCAAUUAGAUCUAGGCCUAUAGGAAGGACAGUGAUCUGCUAUCAACGAUGAACUUGAUCUACGUCUACUGAUGUCACAUGACUUGUCUCUGUUGGAUGACGCACUGACCGCUUUUCAUCUACAGGGUAUAGACUAGAAUAGUUUAUCAUAUGCUGUAUGUAUGAAGACAACUAGAAGUAAGUGAAAAUUUUAUAUUUGAAAAAUAAUUAUGAUGACCUUCCUGCAGUCUAAGCUACAUAUGCAUGAUAUGUAAUCUUGACGGUGAAAGCUGUACAUAGCAGAGCACAAACUACUGGAUCUGAUAGGCCUAGUUCACUGUUGACAAAAUAUAACUAUUUCAAAUUAAUAUGUGAUUUUUUUCCUCAGUACAAUUCUGUAGUUGAAACACUCUGAUCUCAUAAAACAACUUUACACACAUGGCCUGUCAGGAUCUCUCGUAGUUGGCCGAUCUAGUUGAGAAUGGCAAUGAUUGGUUCCAACUGUCGUGCGAUCCGUUACGAACUCCACGAUUGACCAUUCGUAGCUGAUCGCGGAAGUUAGAAAUUGGACUAUUUUCGAAAGUACCGGUAAUAGGAUAUAACAGUUUGAGAAAAUAAUUGAUCUAUCCCAAUUUUCCCCCUUGAGCUACAGUUCUGAAGCUAGAAAAAAUAUGCAAGCACCUGUAUAUACAGCGAUAGUGGUGAUAAGUGCUUCUGUAUGAGCAAGAUAUGACUCCGAUGAGCGGUGUGGCCUAUGGACCUCUUGUUUGAUAUUUAUUUCACAUUUAUAAAUUCCGGUACGCCGAGGUUAACAACUUUGUUAAAUACGUGACACUAGCAUUUCUCGAUGUCCGCAGCUCUGAUGUCAACAUUGAAUAUUGUAUAUGGAGAAUAACAAUGAAUGUAUAUCAAGUCCCAAAUUACAAGUGUAAAUGAGUAUAAUAAUUUGUAUUUACAGAUCAUUGGUACUAAUCAUCUAGAAAUAUGCGAACAUGUGUCAGAUUUCUCACGUGGCGAAGAUGCAGGAAGACCUUUUCCAGUCCGUACAUCUUCUUCGUCAUUCCGCUGUCCUUCUGGCUCUUUGCUCGUCAGCUGCCGCUCCACAUGCCUGUUAGUGCAGUGACGGAGAGCCCCAUGAAUCCGCUAAACAACUUCCUCAGAUACGCCUAUUCCGAGAACUUUCCACGUAAAGGAUGCCCUUUUUCUUUAAAUUUUACUCAUUUGCUAAACGGUACAGAGGUACGCAAGUCUCAUGGAAAUAGUGUACUGUUUCAGUGUGCGCCCCCGUUAAAUACAUAUGAUAUACGAAAAAAGAAGCUGAAGUUUAUAGCUCUUCUCUACCCUCUAGAACUAGAUAUUGUAGAAUUAGUGAAAGCACAACUUGAGGGCAAGGAAGUUAUCAAUGAAGCCAUCAACCCACACAAUUUCGAUUACAUUCAUAAUGGACAAUUCAUAUGUGAAAAGUCUUUAUCUCUGAUUCUAGUCGUAAAAUCUGGAGUAAAUAAUUUCUCGAACCGCCAAGUCAUACGGGAGACUUGGGGAAAUGUAAGCUAUUAUCAGGCUGUUAAAAUAGUCUUUCUCCUUGGUUAUAAAAAGGAUAUGCAAGGACAAGUGGAUACCGAAGCUUUGGAGUAUGGGGAUGUUGUACAAGAAGAUUUUGUGGACAGUUACUCAAACAACACACUGAAAACUAUCAUGGGACUCAACUGGGUCUCCCAAUACUGCUCAAGAGCAAAACUUAGUUUUUACGUAGACGAUGAUGUUUUCAUCAUUGUAAAUAAUCUUCAAAAAAUCGGGAAAUUUGCGAAUCCUCAAUCUGAUAUGUUGUUUGGUAAAGCCCUGUCCACUUCCGUGCCCUACAGAGACAAUACGUCCAAGUGGUUUGUAUCUUGGGAAGACUAUCCAUUUGACAGUUAUCCAAGAUAUCUGGCAGGGUUCGCUUAUAUCAUGUCUGCAGAUGUUGUGAAGAAAUUCGUUCUCGCUAUUCCCUACAUUAAACCCAUACAAAUUGACGACACGUAUUUGGGAAUUAUUGCAGAGAAACUGAAAAUUACGCCCAAGAAUCAAGUGGGGUUCUAUACGAGGUCUCCCGGGCCGGUGACCACCGCAGCUGCGAGAAUGAAUUUUCUGAGAACGGUAGCGUUUCACAGAAUAUCGUGUCCAGAUUCUAUGAUGCAAACGUGGAAAGAAUAUUGCAAACAAUCUAAAUCAUUUUGUACUCCGGAACAAACUUGACGGAAUAAAUGUGGCAUUUAAUUGCAAAGAAAAUCGGAAACUGAUAAAAUGUCUGUUUUGAAGUGUU